AGAGUGGUGGUAUAGUAGGUGAAACUGGACAGCUACCAGGACGACGAGUAUUUAAGGGAGGCUCAAUGCCGACGCGCGCCAGUUAUACCGUUUUUGUCAAGCCGCGAGGCAUUAGUUGGCAUUUAAAACUUAUCGUCUGUUCUUUACUCUGUACCACGUGCCGUUACUUCUGACAGAUAAAAUUUCCGACAAAUAAAUAAAAUUAAAAAAAUAAAAAAACGUGCAAAGUUUCAAUAAUAUUAAUAAAAAAAGAAAAAGUUAAUUUUUUAAUGUGCCUCGUGUUUGUUUUAUUUAAUUCUACUGACAAAAUAAAAUGCUACAAUUAGAUAAUAGACAUGUUGAAUGAUUAAUCAUUUUUGUUUGACAGUGAUCAAUCAAAUUUUGACUUGUGUUAACAUAUAUUAUUCUUGUUUAUACUAUCAUAAAUUUAUUCCAUGAGUAUAUGUAUCAUCAUUUUCAUCAAUUGUAUAAAUAUAAAUAUUGUAUAAUGUGUUUGAGGAUAUUAGUUAUGUUUUUAUUAAAACCAAUCGGUGGUGAAAAUAAAAUAACAAAACUAAUGAUUUUUAUAUCAUAUCUACUGUUACUUCAAUUAGUUAGUGGAUUCAAUAACCAAAGAUCUAUAUACUCAACAAUCAAUUCAACAAGCUCCCACGGUAACUUUAUGAUUACACGGAUUUUACCAGACGGUCAAGUACAAAAGACUGUCAAGUGGAAUGGGAUUUGCGCCAAGGAGACAAUAGUUAGUUGGGGAGAUAUAAAUGUCACUUUGAGAGAGAUUGGGGCAAACCAGAAGAAGCUACAAUUGAUAUACGAAGGAGAUAGCUUAACUGACUGUGUAGACGAUAGACCAAUUGAUCAGGGUUUUUGUUAUGAUAGUGUCUGGACGGGUGACAUUCAAGAGAAAUUUCAAAUUCUUGAUGAAGUUGAAGCGCCACGUGAAAUUAAAUGGAUUGAAUCACAUGAUAAUCUUCAUCGUCGUUGUCAUCUUAUAAAAUCUCAAACAAGAAAUUUAGCGUUACGACAACAUCUUAAACACAGGAUAGUAGAGAGAAGUCUUCAACAGAUGGUAAUAGCGCCAGGAACGAAAUGGUGUGGUCCACAUCGAACUGCUUCUUCUUAUAAAGAACUUGGGGGCUUGAACAGCGUUGAUAGAUGUUGCAGACGACAUGAUCACUGUUAUCGGGCUAUUCCACCUUUUUCCGAACGUUAUAACUUCUGGAAUUACAUGCCAUUUACACUGAGUCACUGUGGAUGUGAUCAAAGGCAAGGUGAAAAUAUCACAAAAAUAAUGAGAUUGCGACGACAUGGACGUCGAAAACCUCGAAAUAGGCGUGAACUUUUUCUGAUGCCUGGUACUCAGUGGUGUGGACGAGGAAAUCGUGCUACUAAAUAUACAAAUCUCGGUGGUUUUGGUAAAGCUGAUGCUUGCUGUCGAAGACACGAUACUGCUUGUCCGUUUUAUAUUCCUGCUUUUGAAACACGCUAUGGCCUCUUCAAUUGGGGCAUUUCCACGCUCAUGCAUUGCACUUGCGACGAGCGCUUUCGAACGUGUUUAAAAAUGGCAAGAACAUCAGCAGCUAAUUUUAUUGGAAGAAUUUUUUUUAAUGUUGUACAGACUAAGUGUUUUAUUUUAAAACCUCAAAAAGUUUGUGAAAAAUCUUCGUGGUGGGGAAAAUGUGAAAAAUAUCAGUAUCGAAAACAAGCACAUUUGCGUAAUAACAUAUCGUAUUAAUCAUUUUUUUUUAUUUAUAUUUAUAGAGAGAAAAAAAGUUUUAAUUUAAAAUGUAUCUUAAACUUAUUUAUUUAUUUUUGAUUUGAUAGUAAGUAUAAAAGAACUCAGGGAUGUUGUACAUCGUCACACGCACAAUUAAAGAGGCUGAUUAUCCCGUUCCAUGUAUAUGACAAUACGUAAAGAUUUUUUAUUUAUAUUAUUAUAAACAUGAAAAAUAAAGGGCAUCUCAUGC